UUUUACUUAAAAUCUCAAAAUUUCAGAAUAUAUCCAAGAACCUUUAAAAAUUAUUUAUAUUCUUCUUCUUUAUUUACACAGGCAAGCAAACUCCUUUACAAACAAAAAUCUGCCCCGCUGUCGUCUCCACAGCCAACACCGCCACCUUCUUCAUUCUUUCCUUUUUCCCCUUCUGAAAAUUAUUUUCAUCAGUCUCUUUGUAUGAUCAACACCGAUUUUCAACAAUUAGGUUCGCCAUCCUCCGCUAAUAAUGGCGGGAACGGCUCUUCAGCAGCCGCGCUUUUGGCUGCGGCAUUAAAUGUUGCUACUAAUUCAACUUCUGCUUCAAAUUCCCCUCCAGAACUUUUAUCUAUGACAACAACAAAUAGUUCUUCUACUGCAGCACAAUUAUGUAAUCCCUUUUCUCCAGCUGCUGCUGUCCAAGCUCAACUUGCUGCUUUAUAUUCUUCUUCCAUUCCUUCACCUGGCGGCUCAGCAUUUGCUCGUUGUCUGCAACAACAAGUUGCUGCUGUAGCUGCUGCUCAACAACCACAACCAUCAAAUUCUGCUAUUUCUGCCGCUGCUGCUGUUGCGGCUUUUGCUGUUGCUAAUUCCCCUGCCAAUUCUUCUUCUUCUUCUGCCGUGCCUUUUGGACCAGGCUCUCCUGCAGCGGUGGCGCUUGCCCAUCUGGAUCAUUUGUCAUUGUUGAGAAAUAGCUCUUUAGGGCUUACUUGUCCAAAUGGAUCAACUGAAAUACCUCAGGUGAUCCAUCAAAUGCAGCCACAACAACCUGCACCAACAAACUUUUCUGAGCUAGCCAAACGUUUCCAAGAUCAGGCUGCGGCAUAUAGCAAUGCUGCUCAGAUGGCCCAAAUAAUGGAUACUUUUGCUGCCAGUCAACAACCGUUAAUUCCUCCACUUCCUUUUCCUCCUUCUCAGCAGCAACAAUUAACGGCCGCUGCUAUGGCCUUAGCAAAACAUCAACAACAACAACAACAAGCAGUUCAUUUAAAUUCACCUGCGUCUAUUCUUUUUCAAGAGAAACAGGCCCAACAGCAAAUUCAGGAAGGACAAGCCCCACUCCCUCCUCUCUCCACAGCUGUUGAACAGACAUUAGCAAAUCCUUCUACAGAUGCCUCCACUUCCUUUGUUGGUGCCCCUACCCUCGAACAAUUGUCUGCUAUUGCUGCAGCUGCUACAAAUGUAUUACAAGCAACUAAUAACGGAGAAUGCUCCGCAAAUACCUCAGUAUUCAAUCCUAUUGGAAUGGAUACUUCUAAUUGUGUUGCUUCUUCCUCAUCUUCAGUUGGCAGUCAAAAUCAACAGCAAGAUGAGGCGCAAAUAAAUUCAAUUGAUACUGCAACAAAAAAUGAACAACAAUCACAAAACGUUCGCCGUAUUCGACGACGAAGACCGAAAGAAGAACUUGCUGGGAAAACAUUACAUAGAAGGAAUACAACAAUGUAUGGGGAGAAUAGUAGUUGUGUAUCUGUUAUCGAGAAAAUGGUUGAUUCUCCUUGCAGUUUGGGUCCUUUUUCAGUUCAACAACCUUUAACUCCUGCAAAUGAGCAGCUUUGUAACAGUGUUUUGCUUAAAACGGUUGGUGACAUUUUCUUAAAAUUAAAUUUUCAUGGCUUCUCCCAUUUUUACCGUAGCUCUAUUUUUAUAGUUUUAGUGGCUUAA